AUGAGGGGCUAUGAUAUGCCAGAUCCACAAAUACUAGGAGAACGCGUGGCAAUAAAGGAUCAGAUUAAAUAUUUAGGACUGGAACUAAACAGAGUGCUGGGUUUCAGGGCCCACCUGGAGGCGGCCGAGAAGAAGGCGCAGACCACAGCAGUAGUAUUGUCAAGAUUUAUGCCCAACGUGGGUGGCACUGGACAGAAGAAGAGGAGACUACUUGCCACAGUCGUUGAAAGCAAGAUAUUAUAUGGUUCGCCGAUAUGGGUUGGGGCACUCGUACACCAGAGGAAUAUUGAUACUAUUCUGAGGCCUCAGAGAGUCCUGGCGCUGAGAACUGCUAUGUCGUAUAGGACAGUAUUAACGGCAGCUGUAACGGUUGUCGCGGGUAUUGUUUCGGCUCACCUCCUCGUGUGUGAGAGGUCCGAAAAAUAA